AUGUCGCCACAGCCGUCGGGAAAUACGGAGGAAUCGUCAACCGCCUCGUUUUACAUAUGUAGCGAGAAGGCGUUGAGUCGAUUUAACGCUAAGCGUAAUCUAUUGAAGGCUCAAACUCAUCAAUUCGUCGUCGAAUGUUUUGUGAGACGCUAUUCAACUCGAAUGAGUACACAAUAUCCUUAUUUAGGCCGCUUCAACAAACUUGCGCAAUUUUAUUUGAGACUGAAGAUUAGGAGAGAGGGAAGCAUGUCGGAGAAGAACUGUUCUGAGGACAUACUUCAGAUUCUAGUACAUCAACAGGCUGCUCAGAAUUGUUCCAACGGAGGCCAUAGUCGUCUAUUUGGAAGGACAAUACAACUAGGUUGUGAUACUCUCACCAUUAUGAGACAAAACUUGACGGAAGAGCGGACAGGGGUGGGUGCCUUGGCCAUGAAGCGACUUAGUUACCCAAGAUAUGGAUUUCUUUGGGAAGUCUUUAGGCUUUUACAACCUGUGGUCAUAUUUGUCCUUGUUAUACCAUCUUAUUCACCCCAACUGACCAAUACUCGUCCCCUUGAACCUCUCCCUUCAUAUAACCCCGCACCAACCGAAAAGGGCGGUAUAACUUUCAUGCAGGAUUUUGUAAGCGGGCUGCCUGGCUUUAUCGGAGGAGAAGAGGUAAUAAGUCCUAGAGGCCUAGGAGCCGCAAAUAGAGAAGGGAUUCAGAUAUCGUAA